CGAGAGGCGAACAAGAGCUAAGAUAAUGAUGUGCGGCAAGGGAUUCGGGAUGAUCCUGGUCCUGUUCUGGGCCACGGCCCUUUCCAGCGACCUUUCGCUGGUGAGCGGUCAAACGGUGGCGCCGCUGACGAGCUCCACGAGUGCACCGCCCAAAAUGGAGGUCAAGCCCACGAAGCCCAUGAUUGUGAAUGCUCCGCCAAAGAAGCAGCAGCAAAUGCAGCAGAUGCAACCCAUCAUGGAACCCGCGAAGCUGAAUGGCAGCAAACCCCUCCAGGUCACCGGUUUCAUAACCAAAUCGGGAAAUAUCUACGAGAUCGAGGACAAGCGCGGCUCCAUUGGCUCGAUUGAGGGUCGCCAGGCGGCCGAGGAUAAUCAGCAGAUUGUCUGCAACUACGGCAACGUGGUCAUCUACAGCGAUGUGCCCUGCGACAAGGUCAAGAAUGUGCGAGUGGGCGAGGUGAAGCCGCUGAAGGAGGAUCCGCUGGAGGCCACCACCGAGAAGAACGGAGCAGCGGAGGGCAGCGAGCAGCAGGAGCAGCAGGAAGUGGCCGAGCAGGAGGAUCAGAAUCAGGAGGAUCAGGAUCAGGAGCAGCAGCAGCCCAAUCAUCCCCGGGGUCAGGGGUCACAGAACAAUCGCCGCCGGCGGCGACGUCGCCCCCAGCAGCAGCAACAGCAGCAGAGGUUGCAGCAGCAGCGUCGCCGACGACAGCAGCAACAGAAGUUGCAGCAACGCCGCCGCAAUGGCAACGGCAACAACAACAUGCGACGUCGUCGCAAUGGCAAUGGCAACCGCAACAACAACAACAAGAACCGCCAGCAGCAGAGACGUCGUCGCCCCAACAACAACAACAACAGGCGACGCAUCAACAACAACGGCCAGCGACAGCAGCAACAUCGCCGCCAGCAGCAGCAGCAACAGCGUCGCCGUCCCAACAGCAACAUCAAUCGGCAGCAGCAACAGCGACGUCGCCUUCGCGAAGGCAAUAACUGAAUGGGUUAAGGAAAGCUAGGGUUAAAGCCGCCUACACUACGACCUCUGAGCCCCAGAAGACCCCCCUCCCCCCCAGAAUAAAGCAACAAACAAACAAACAAAUAAAGAAAAUAAACGAAAGCAACAAACAAACGAAAGCCCCAAAUGGAAUAUUCACUUUGAGUUGGUCUUUUUGGUCUUUCUGGGGAAUCAACACGGGGCAGUAAUUAAAAC